AUGCUCCAAACUUUCCACUCACACGCGCUUCUGGUGCUGGGAUAUAUGUUACUGUAUUCGUCUUUUUCUCGUGCCGCUCCAACAGAUAUUCCCUCCGCAGCAUCCUUCUAUGUGCCGUCCUUGCCCGACAUACACCAAGAUCCAGAUCAUCCGUUGAAGAUAUAUGCGGGGCAUCUUUCGUCUGACCCAAAAGCUGCUACGGUGCCGGCAACAGACGUGACAGCACACCUGUAUUUCGUACUUGUCAAAAACCGAAGAACAGCGGACCGAGACAGAGUUAUUUUUUGGUUCAACGGAGGGCCUGGCUGCUCGUCUUUUGAUGGACUUAUGAUGGAGAACGGGCCUUGGAGGAUGGACGGCAAGGGCGGUUUCAAGACGGUGGAAGGCGGCUGGGAAGAAUACACCACUAUGGUUUAUGUCGACCAGCCCGCUGGGACUGGUUUCUCUUAUACGAGCACUGAUUCAUAUGUCCACACUUUAGACCAGGCCUCAGAGCAACUAAUAGAAUUCAUGCGCAAUUUUUAUAAAGUAUUCCCGGAGUAUCUGCGGUCAGAUACAUACCUCGCCGGCGAGAGCUACGCCGGACAAUAUAUACCGUAUUUUGCCGAUGCCAUUUUGAAUUCGAAUCUCGGCGUACCCCUAAAAGGUGCUGCAAUAGGCAACGGCUGGAUAGAUGCGAGCUCGCAGUACCCCUCUUACAUUGACUUUAUGGUUAAGGUUGGCAUAUUGGAAGAAAACUCGGAUGCUUGGAAAGAGGCGCGGAAGCAAACGGACGACUGUAUACAGGCCAUGAAAGGCAUAAGCGGCACUGAGCCCAUUGUUGUAGAUGAAUGUGAAGGUCUGCUAUUAGAAGUGUCAAAGGUGCGGAGACGCGUCAGUGCGGAUGGAAAGGAGAUGUGCAUGAACAUUUACGAUGUACGACUUGACGAUACCUACCCUGCUUGUGGAAUGAACUGGCCUCCAGACAUAAAGCCGGUCACAAAUUAUCUAGAUCGCGCCGAUGUUGUACGUGCCCUCCAUGCAGAGGACCAUUCUACUUCGUGGACCGAAUGCCGAGGUCGUGUUCACACAGAACUGAAAGAAAAGAACCUAAAUUCAUCGAUCACUGUUCUUCCGAGUGUGAUAGAGAGAAUACCUGUUCUCAUAUUUGCUGGGGACCAAGACAUGAUAUGUAACCACAUUGGCCUCGAGUCGAUGAUUGCAACUAUGACUUGGAGUGGAGCAACAGGCCUUGGGACAGUGCAGACGCAAUCUUGGACAGUAGAUGGAAGCCCUGCUGGCACAUGGGUCAGCUCAAGGAAUCUAACCUACGCGAAGGUAUUCGACACCUCACAUAUGGCACCAUUCGAUGCACCAAAUGUAGUGCAUGAUAUGAUACUACGAUUCAUGGGUGUCGAUUUCUCCCGAAUCUUCGAAGGCUCGGCGCGUAUUCCAAGCAGUAUCGGGGACAACGCCAAACCACUUUUUACGGAUAAGACUGAGGAGGCACCAGCACCCAUAUCAACGAAAACGCCCGAGCAAGACAAGGCUAUGUGGGAAGCUUACUAUAAUGCUGGUUCAGCAGCCCUUGUUCUCGUUCUCAUAUGUCUCGUCGUCGUCGGUUGCUUGUGGUGUAGAAUGGGGAACAAGCGCAAAUUGCGUCUACCGAUGAACAACCGAGGCGAAGAAGAGAGCAUACCGCUCAAUGCUCCCCUGGAAGAUGAGAAUGGCGAUGAAGGCGCGUAUAGACAACGAAAAGGGAAAGAACGUGCCGUCGAGCCUCUGGAGCCACCGAUAUUUGAGUUGGGGGACAGUGAUGAAGAGGAGGAUUAUCAUAAGGGGAACCAAUAAUCGGUCGGGGUUUUCUGUAUAGUGGAUUAUUAUAAUUUGUUAUUUUCACUCACGAAUCAUUGAUUUGUGAGCUGGUUCGCCCUCAAGGUUCGCAGUCCCAUUAACCAAUUUUUAUACUCCCAGACGUUACGAGGAGAUGGUUCCAUGGUCAUUUCAGGGACAGACGAAGAUUCCCGCUGUACCACGUUUUCCAAUACCAACAUUGGCACCUGUGGUCCAUUUGAAUGAGCUUAGAAGUACCACAAGAAGGGCAGACAUACGGAUAUAAGUGGUGUCAGCUAUUUCGCGGGCGACUAUAGCGGGAGGGAGCGGUCGCAUCUGCUGAAACAGUCAACACAGCACACUCAGACAGCCGUCGAGAGAACGAACCACGACGGAUAACAGACGCUUGAGUCGUCAAGGAUGCGCCAAGCACAAACAACAAGGCAAAGAUGGACGUUAUCCU